UUGAAAGCAAAUUUCAAGUCUAUUCCCAUAUAAAAAGGAUGAAGGAGGGUGGGGGACGGGAAAGAGUGGGUUGUGUUCCUUCUAGAGCUUUUUUAAAUUUUUGUUUUCUUUUGGUUUUGGUUGUUGUUGUUGUUGUUGUUGUUGUUGUUGUUUGCAUGCCAAAGAGAUUAGUUAUUCCAUUAUCUGAGACUUUCAAUUUUAUAAUUAUUUCCCCAAAUAAGGCCCUGUCUGCAUUAGUAGAUAGCUCAGUUGUAUAUAGUGUUUGUAGUUUUUCAUGAAGUCAGCUACUAACCUGCUACAAUAUAACAGACUGUAUAAGUAGACAGCAUUGACAUUUGUGAGAAAUUUCAACAAAAAGGCUAAAUCAGUAAGUUUAGAGUUAGUAGAUAAGGAAAAGAUGCAAAGCAGUUAUUCUUACAACUGAUAUUUUCCCCAGAGUAAAAAGAUAACUGCCUACAAAUGUUGCUGGGGAAUCCAGAGUGAUUGCAGAAAAGAAAAAUCUUCUGGUCUAUAUAUUUGAAUGCAGUGUCAUGCACUAAGAUUUUCUGAACAUUUUCAUCCAUAAUCUUCAGACAGGUUUCUGAUACUAUGGUCAGAAUUGAUGUCAUACCUACCCCUUUUAUAGGUUUACAAAGGAAGAGUACAUCAAUAAUUACCUUUUUAAUUAUUCUGCUCAGUUUUAAUAACACUUGUUAGUGUUUCACCAUGUCUAUCCCACUGUUCUAUACACUCUCUAGGAUUAAAUCUGGUAUUAAGUGCAACAUAAUACCAGAGUCAAAGACUAGACCUCACCUCAUAAGUUUUAAAUUUAAUGGCAGCAAUAUACAAUACGUUGGGGCUGGAGUUGUUGUUGUUUUGUUUUGCUUUGUUUUUGAAUAUGUAAAGGAGAACUUAUAGAUGUAACAAAAGAUACAAAGGGUUUUUUUUUAAAUUUCCAGUUCUUCCCAAACAGAAUUUCAGUCAUUUUCUAAGAGGUGGCCUAAUAGUGACAGGUUGCAUAUUAUACUUUGAGUACUAUUAAUGGAGUAUAUCUGUUGUUAGCUUGGUUUCUAUGUGUGUGCCCUACUGUUAAAACAAAUCACUUACUGAAAAAGAAAGGCUGCAGUUAUGUUUACAUGAAUUGGUUGGCCAAUAAAAGAGAUGCAAUCCUAAUAAUCCAAACUUUUAAUCUAUAUUUUAAAAUACAGUUAAGAACUGAUGUAUAUGUUAGGGAAUGUUCUAGACAGUCCUACAGUUACCCAUUAACAUCUCACUCUGUAUUUAAGCAUUAACCAGUAUGGAAAAUGCAGUUUCUUCAUCAUAUGAAAUGAGUUUAAAUUUUAGAUUUGAUAUGCAUGGCAAUAUAUUAAAUGCUAUGCUUGACUAGAAAGUGUUGUGUGGUAGGAUGGCCUGUUAACCUCCACAAUAUACAUUUUAUUUUUAUUCCCUAGACUUGCACGUGAAGUGCAUAUGUUCAUAUUUACCCAGUUUGGAGAUGGGUAAGAUAUAACCAACAUAGCUCCAUCUCCAUGGCCAUCUUUUAUUUCAUGCAACUUUCGUUUUUCCUGUCCCCCCCCAAAAAAAAUCCAUUUCUAAUGAACAGCUGUCAUUUUUCACCCAUGUGUUUAAUAGUACAAAAUCUCCUAUAUGAAAUAUGUACAAUUCUAUGGAAUAUUUGUUUGUCAAGUAAUGUACCUAGUAAAUUUACUAUGUAUAAAUUCAUUACUCUCUUUUAACUGUCCAUCAUAGAACUAAAUUCUAUCUUCAUUUUAUUAAUGCUUGUCUGCCUUUGGUUUCAUUUAGGAAACCCCACCUGUUUCCUAAUACUCAGAGCUGAUUGCCUCUCAGUAAGCCAUGUUCAGAUCAUCUUUUUCUCAAGAAUACUGACCUGCAUUCUUGAUGUACCACACCCUGCCCCCAGUUCCCAUCUUGCAGACACUGUUAAAUAAUAAAAUGCAUGCAGUUCACUAACAGAGAAUACUUUCCUAUGUCUAAAGUUCUUCUUCAUCUAGAAAUUACCUUUGCUGUUAUUAAUAAGAUCCCUUCUCACAGUUUUGGAGCAUAAAACUGGGUGAGUUGGAUACAUAUCUCAGAAUUUUCUUUUAUCCCUCACUUCUCAACUGAUGUGCCAAGUUGGACUGCAUACUUCUUUUUUCCUGCCAAGUAUUAUAUAUUGUAUAUCCUGAGGCAGGAAAAAUGUCUAUUAUUUGAAGCAAACGUUACACAUUAUUUUAUUCCCUAAAAGUCCAAUUGAUCUCUGAGGUUGAGUUAUUCUAGUCCUUGGAGUGUCUGUCUUGUGAAUCUCUGUCCUAAUUAAUAUAAAUUAUAGAUUAUCCAUUUUCAUCUCUGCUGAGUAAUACAACUAUGUUCCAUAAUUAUUCCAGUUUCCCCCAAAUCUUACGAGGUAACAAGUUAAAACUGAGGUGUUUGGUUUUUUUCCCACAAAUAUUAUUUUAUCCUUGGCUACCUGUGCCUUUUUAUUAUCAAGUAAAGGCUUACACUAAAUUUCUAAAUUUGAAUACAUUCAAAAUUCAAUAAUAAUAACAAAUUGUGCUUGAAUCGUUUAUUUUUCACUCAAUCAGAAAGAUCCUAAACCAGGUUUCUCACUAAACCUGGUUAAUAAAGGUCUCAAAUAAUUUCUUUAAAGGUAAAAUGUUAUCCUUGUUUCCAAAAAGACAUAAUAGAGAGGUUGUAGGUUUUGGAGUCAGGCACUGUUUUCAGUCCUAGCUCUGUCAAAAUAUGAUCUUGGGGAAGCCAUGUUACUCUAACCUUCUCAACUUCCUCUUCUACAAAAACGGGGUGCUGUUCACCAAUUUAGUGGUUGCAGAAUUUAAAAGGAAUCAACAAGUAUAAAGCAAAUGUUAGGCAAAUUACAAAAUAGUUUAUACAGCUGUUAUUAUUUGUCACCGGUCUAUUGUAACUUAUGAGUUUAGAUUUAAUUAUUUUGAAGUCCUAGGGUAUUGCCAUGCAGCUGUUAAAUAAUUGUGUUCUUUAUAUGCUUGCAUGUCAUUGGUGAAUGAGAAAUUAUUACUCUGAUAUGUGAAAGGUGUUUGGGGGUUCUUCAAGAUGAGAGGUGUGAUAAAUAUAAGAUGCCAUUGUUUUUACCUGUACUUUCUUCAGGGUAUCCUGUCUUGGUAGUGAAUGGAAGAGGGCCUGGUCCCUGGGGCAGUGCAGAAGGCACUUUCAUCAUCUCACUCACUGCAAAUGUCAUGUGAGGUUUCAUGGAAGUAUUAAGAGAUCCAAUUAAGAAGAAUAGUUCUGAGUCUAAACCAGCCCAGAGUGGCUUCUCUAGGGGAAACUCCCCGCUCAGCUGCCCUGAAUCUGUGGAGGCUAGUCCAGCAGUUAAUGAGAAGAGCGUGUAUUCCACUCAUAAUUAUGGGACCACUCAGAGGCAUGGGUGUCGAGGACUGCCUUAUGCUGAUCAUAAUUACGGAGCCCCUCCUCCUCCGACACCUCCUGCUUCUCCCCCUGUCCAGACGAUCAUCCCUCGUUCUGACCUGAAUGGCCUGCCGUCGCCCGUAGAGGAACGCUGUGGAGACAGCCCGAACUCUGAAGGAGAGACUGUUCCUACCUGGUGUCCUUGUGGUCUUUCUCAGGAUGGCUUCCUUCUCAACUGUGACAAGUGCAGGGGAAUGAGCAGGGGGAAGGUUAUUAGACUUCAUCGGCGGAAGCAGGACAACAUAUCAGGUGGGGAUAGCAGUGCAACAGAAAGCUGGGAUGAGGAGCUUUCUCCUUCCACUGUGUUGUAUACAGCAACACAGCACACACCUACAAGCAUCACCUUAACUGUUAGAAGAACCAAACCCAAGAAGCGGAAAAAGAGUCCAGAAAAGGGUCGUGCAGCACCAAAGACGAAGAAAAUCAAGAAUUCUCCCUCUGAAGCACAGAAUUUAGAUGAGAAUACAACUGAGGGCUGGGAAAAUCGGAUAAGACUAUGGACUGAUCAGUAUGAAGAAGCUUUCACUAAUCAGUACAGUGCAGAUGUACAGAACGCCCUUGAGCAACAUCUACAUUCUAGCAAGGAAUUUGUGGGCAAACCUGCUAUUUUAGACACUAUUAAUAAGACCGAAUUGGCCUGUAAUAAUACAGUUAUAGGUUCCCAAAUGCAGUUACAGCUGGGAAGAGUCACUCGGGUUCAAAAGCACCGUAAAAUCCUGAGGGCUGCAAGAGAUUUGGCUUUGGAUACUCUUAUAAUAGAGUACCGCGGGAAAGUCAUGUUACGGCAACAAUUUGAGGUCAAUGGGCAUUUCUUCAAAAAACCAUAUCCCUUUGUGCUCUUCUACUCAAAAUUCAAUGGUGUAGAGAUGUGUGUGGAUGCCCGUACUUUCGGUAAUGAUGCUCGCUUCAUCAGAAGAUCAUGUACACCAAAUGCAGAGGUGCGACACAUGAUUGCAGAUGGGAUGAUUCAUCUAUGUAUUUAUGCUGUUUCUGCCAUCACCAAGGAUGCUGAAGUCACCAUUGCAUUUGAUUAUGAGUAUAGUAACUGUAAUUAUAAAGUGGACUGUGCAUGUCACAAGGGGAACCGGAAUUGCCCUAUACAGAAAAGGAAUCCAAAUGCUGCAGAACUGCCACUCCCACCUCCUCCAACCCUCCCUACCAUUGGGGCAGAGACCAGACGUAGAAAAGCACGACGGAAAGAGCUAGAGAUGGAGCAGCAGAAUGAGGCUUCAGAGGAGAAUAAUGACCAGCAACCACAAGAAGUUCCAGAAAAAGUAACUUUAUCCAGUGAUCAUGAGGAAGUAGACAAUCCAGAAGAAAAACCAGAAGAAGAGAAAGAAGAGGUUAUAGAUGACCAGGAGAACACAGCUCAGAGCAGGAGGACCCGAGAGGAUAGGAAGGUUGAAGCCAUUAUGCAUGCUUUCGAAAACUUAGAAAAGAGAAAGAAACGGCGAGAUCAGCCCUUGGAACAGAGCAGCCCUGACAUAGAGAUUACUGCCACCACCUCAGAGACUCCUGUUGGAGAAGAGACAAAAACAGAAGCUUCUGAAUCUGAAGUUAGCAACCUUACUUCAAAUGUUUCCAUCCCAAGCAUCCCACAGAGUAUUGGAGUGAACACCCGGAGGUCUUCCCAAGCAGGGGAUGUUGCUGCAGAAAAACCAGUCCCCAAACCACCUCCAGCAAAGCCUUCCAGACCCCGACCGAAGAGUCGAAUUUCUCGGUACCGGACCAGUUCAGCCCAAAGACUAAAACGUCAGAAGCAGGCCAGUGCACAACAGGCAGAGUUGUCACAAGCUGCCUUGGAAGAGGGAGGAAGUAAUAACUCAGUAACUCCUACUGAAACUGGAAGUAUAGACAGUUCAGGAGAAAACAGGCAGUUAACAGGAUCUGACCCAACUGUGAUAUCAGUUACUGGAUCUCAUGUUAACCGUGCUACAUCUAAGUACCCCAAAACCAAAAAGUAUCUAGUUACAGAAUGGCUGAACGACAAAGCCGAGAAGCAAGAGUGCCCUGUUGAAUGCCCUUUACGUAUCACCACAGACCCAACUGUACUAGCAACAACGCUGAACAUGUUACCGGGUCUUAUUCAUUCCCCAUUAAUUUGCACCACCCCCAAACACUACAUUCGCUUUGGCUCACCCUUUAUGCCUGAGAGGCGUCGGAGGCCCCUUCUGCCUGAUGGCACAUUCAGCUCCUGUAAGAAGCGCUGGAUAAAGCAAGCCUUGGAAGAAGGGAUGACUCAAACACCUGUACCCCAAGAGACUAGAACGCAGCAACUAUACCAAAGUAAUGAGAAUAGUAAUUCUAAUAUCUGCAAAGACAAUGCAGACUUGUUGAGCCCAUUAAAGAAAUGGAAGUCUCGCUAUCUGAUGGAGCAGAAUGUUACCAAGUUACUUCGGCCUCUGUCUCCGGUCACACCACCCCCUUCCAGUUCAGGCUCAAAGAGCCCCCAACUGACCGCACCUGGCCAGACUUACCCAGGAGAAGAGGAGUGUCGAAAUGGAUACAGCCUCAUGUUCUCGCCAAUCACGUCUCUUACUACUGCUAGUCGCUGCAACACUCCUCUGCAGUUUGAGAACAUAUCCUCCCCUGAGAGUUCCCCUGCGCAUAGGCCCGAGUCCCUGUCACCCGAGCUCUGUCACCGAAAAGACCUGGAUUUGACAAAAGUAGGAUACCUUGAUUCCAACACUAACAACUGUGCUGACAGACCUUCCCUGCUCAACUCAGGUCAUUCUGACCUGGCUCCUCAUCCCUCCAUUGGGCCCACCUCAGAGACUGGCUUCCCAAGCAGAAGUGGAGAUGGACAUCAGACCCUCCUGAGAAACUCGGACCAGGCAUUUCGGACAGAGUUCAAUUUGAUGUAUGCCUACUCCCCUUUGAAUGCUAUGCCUCGAGCAGAUGGAUUAUAUAGAGGGUCUCCCCUAGUAGGGGAUAGGAAGCCUUUACAUUUGGAUGGGGGAUAUUGUUCCCCAGCGGAAGGGUUCCCCAGCAGAUAUGAACAUGGCUUUAUGAAAGACCUUUCUCGUGGAUCCCUGUCACCUGGUGGUGAAAGGACCUGUGAAGGGGUCCCAUCUGCCCCCCAGAACCCACCACAAAGGAAAAAGGUAUCCCUGCUGGAGUACCGUAAACGGAAACAAGAAGCCAAGGAGAAUUCUGCUGGUGGGGGAGGAGACUCUGCACAGAGCAAAAGCAAGUCUGCAGGAGCUGGGCAGAGCAACAGUAACUCUGUUUCUGACACUGGUGCCCAUAGUGUGCAGGGAUCCUCAGCCCGAACCCCGUCAUCCCCUCAUAAAAAAUUCUCCCCAUCUCAUUCCUCAAUGUCCCAUUUGGAGGCAGUAAGCCCAUCGGAUUCCAGAGGCACUUCAUCUCACUGCAGACCUCAAGAAAAUAUCAGUAGUAGGUGGAUGGUUCCCACGUCAGUAGAAAGACUUCGAGAAGGAGGGAGCAUCCCUAAGGUCCUCCGAAGCAGUGUGAGGGUGGCCCAAAAGGGAGAACCCUCUCCCACGUGGGAGAGUAACAUCACUGAGAAAGAUUCAGACCCUGCAGAUGGAGAAGGCUCAGAGACAUUGAGCUCAGCGCUCUCUAAAGGAGCAACUGUUUACAGCCCUUCCAGAUACAGCUACCAGCUCCUGCAGUGUGAUAGUCCACGGACAGAAUCACAAAGUCUCCUUCAACAGAGUUCCUCUCCCUUUAGAGGACAUCCCACCCAAUCUCCAGGAUACAGUUAUCGAACUACUGCACUGAGACCUGGAAACCCCCCUUCUCACGGUUCUUCUGAAUCAUCCCUCUCUUCUGCGUCCUAUCCCAGCCCUGCCCACCCUGUGUCCACAGACUCGUUGGCCCCAUUUACAGGGACACCAGGGUAUUAUAGCAGCCAGCCACAUUCUGGAAACAGCACUAGCAGCAAUCUUCCCAGGAGGAGCUGUCCUUCUAGUGCUGCUAGCCCUACCCCACAGGGCCCCUCAGACUCACCAACCUCAGACUCGGUUUCUCAGUCCAGCACAGGAACUCUGAGUUCCACCUCCUUUCCUCAGAACUCUAGGUCGUCAUUGCCAUCAGACUUACGGACUAUCAGUCUGCCCAGUGCUGGGCAGUCCGCUGCCUACCAGGCCUCCAGGGUAUCUGCGGUUUCCAAUUCACAGCAUUACCCACACCGUGGGAGUGGGAGUGUGCACCAGUACCGACUCCAGCCACUGCAAGGGUCAGGAGUCAAGACUCAGACAGGACUUUCCUAGGGCUUCUGGACAUGGGCAAACAGAACUGAACAAGCCCAUAGCUGCUUCCUUCCAGCUGCCUCUGGAUCCUGGGCCGAGCAUAUUGCUGGAGGAGGGGGUUACAAGAUGCCAGAGGAUUGGGUCUGGUCGACAAGAAACAAGACUUGUGGUCCCAACUGGCCUCUGGCCUUGGAGAAAGAUGUAAAUCUUGUCUGAAGCAGAGACUAUAAAGAAGUUUCUCCCUGCUGUUAAGGGUACAUUGUUGACAAGCAAAUGGUGUUUUGGUUAGUAACGGUUCUAAGUGCAAUGAGUUGUGUUGAAGCCUCUGUCUCCCAUCCUUGCCUGUAGCCUGUAGUCACUUGUGCAGUGAGGACAUCUUUUUAAAUAAUAAAAAAAAAAAAAAAAAAAGUUUUUGUUUCAAAGGAAAAAAAGUGAAAAGAGCCAAUCUCAAAGCCCCAAGCCAUCUGAAUAGUGUUAGGGUUUUAUGCACUUAAGAAUAAAGGUAGGUAUGUAAAUGUUAUCCCUAAGACAACCAUUCCAAAAGCAGAUAUCUGGCCAAGGUGUACUCCCUACCUUUGUCUUAAAUCACCAGGAAAUAGGCAGGGAUAAUAAAGCUUGGAUCUUGCUCCAACUGAGGGAUGCUUGGCUCUCUGAAGAUGAGCUUGUGAUCAGCUCUUGAUUAUUUGGGAGCCGACAAUCUUCUAUUCCUCCUUCCCAAGCUGUUACACAGCUUAGUAACCCAUGGAGUAAGUAGACAGAAGUGGAAUGAGAAGUGAGAUGGGCCAAUUGCAUUGCUACUUAACAGCUUUUGGCAAUAGAUUUGAUUAGGAAGGAUCCCAAGUGGUCUGGGAUUUCUUUGAAUUUUAUUUUUUUCUACUCCCAACUAAUCAGGAGUUGACGAUCCCAUGAGCAGGACCGCCUCCAUGAUUGGGGAGCAUGCACUUGUGACUUGCAGGGUAAGAAUGGGAAGAUAGGUUUGUGGAGUGGCACCGACAGGACUGUGAUUGUGUGUGGGCCUGCCCCACGUUUCUUUGGGGGAUGCUUAUGUGAGAGUGGGCCGGUGAGGGAGUUAGCAAGCCACCCACACCCCUAACACUGUUCUGGAUGAGACGAGAGCAGACUGGCUUCUCCCCAUCAGUGCAUUGUGCCUGUUGUACACCCCUGGAGGAGCCCUGGAGCCAGCCCAGGUGGGGUACACAAUCUUUUAAAAUUCCAUACGGUUGCCAGCUUAUUUCUUUCACUUGUUUACUGUAAUAUCCGGCGUGUUUUUAUUUAUCUAAUUUUGUAUUCAGUUAUAACCAUGGUAGGGGUAGUGAGUAUAUGACAGGUGUGAUCCCUGGUGCUGCAGUGGACCUUACUUCUUUUCUUUUGGACAAGAUAAUACUGUGAGUCUCCCUCCUUCCCUCUAAUUUGUUUUCACCUUUUUUUAACCAGCCUCUUGCAUCCCUUUCUUUUCUAUCCUGUCCUACAACUAUCAUAUGCACAGUCUUCUCUCUUUGUGUGUGACUGUUACAAAAUUUCACUUUUCAAAAUUUGAAAUCAGGUGUUUGCUCAAAUGAGGGGAGAUUUUUUUUUUUUUUUCCCAAUGCUGAAACUUAAGCAGAGUACUUUUCUUUUUGUUGUUUCCCCCACAAACCCAUCAGUCUGGGAGAGAGUUGGGAGUGGAAAUCAUGUUGCCUGGGAUGCCGGUUUCUUUGUAUAUUAUAUAAAACGUAUGUAAAUGUCUCUCCAUUUGGGCUGGGGUUUGCAUUCUCCCCUUGGCUAUUAACCAAGGGGAGAGGCCAGCGGGCAGGCGGCCCUCACCCUGCCUGGCACGUGCAGAGACCCCAGCCACUCUGUGUGGGCAGGGUGCUGUCAAGACCAGACCUCUA